GCAGGAGGUGGGGAGUGGAGAGCGAGGGAGGGCAGAGGCUUCGGUUAUUAAUAGUUCUCCUGACUCAGAGCCACCCCGUUAUGCGAAACCAAGUAAGGUAACCCCCUCUUUGGAGACAAGAUGCCUCUGGCUGUCAGCGAUGGGCUGGGAGCUAGGCCCAGAAGGCGGGGUUAGCCCCGAGGGGUCGGGGCCAUAAAUAAGAGGGUCGCGUGUCAGGGAGAUAAACAUGAGGGGGUGCUGGGCCUGAACGGAGUCGCCAGGGGCUGUCCGGAGCCGAGGGAGGCGGAGCGCCAGUGCCAAGGCCAGCGCCAGCGUCGGAGAGGCAUCGGCAUCGGCAGCGCCAGCGGGGGCAUAGGCAGUGCCAGCGCCAGCGCCCUCACCAGCGAGCCCCAGUCCAGCCUCAGCCCGAGAGCCCCCGGAGGGCAGCGGGACCAGGUGGGGCGCUCGCCUCUGCCCGGCGCGGCGAGGCCCGGGGUGCGCUCCGGGGCAGGGGGGCGCUGCCAGCAUGCUUGCUGCCCUCCGUGCCUGGUGGCUGUCCGGGUUGCUGCUGGGGCUCAGCCUACAGCUCCGGGCCGGGGUGGAGGCGUGCAGCUGCGCCCCCGCGCACCCCCAGCAGCUGCUCUGUGCCUCGGCCAUAGUGAUCCGGGCCAAAGUGUCCAGUGAAAAAGUGGUCCCAGCCAGUGAGGACCCAGCUGACACCCAGAAAAUGAUCCAAUAUGAAAUCAAACAGAUAAAGAUGUUUAAAGGGUUCGAUAAGGUGAAGGACGUUCAGUAUGUCUACACACCAUUAGACUCCUCUCUGUGUGGGGUCAGGCUAGAAGCCGAUAAGAAGAAGCAAUAUCUCCUCACUGGCCAGAUUCUAGAGAAUGGCAAAGUAUUCAUCAAUAUGUGUAAUUACAUAGAGCCCUGGGAUGACCUGUCCUUCCUGCAGAAGAAGAGCCUGAAUCAUCGAUACCACAUUGACUGUGGCUGCAAGAUCAUCACCUGCUACACAGUGCCCUGCUCCAUCUCGGCCCCCAACGAGUGUCUCUGGACAGACUGGCUGAUUGAGCGGAAGCUCUAUGGGCACCAGGCCCAGCAUUACGCUUGUGUUAAGCGCAGCGACGGCACCUGUGGCUGGUACCGAGCUGGCCUCCCCCCUGAGAAGGAAUUCAUCGAUGUCAGUGAGCCCUAGAGAGAAGCAUUACCACACACUCAGCCCCAGCCCCUGAGUGGCCUGGAGGCCAGAUCCAUCCAUCCAUCCAUCCAUCCAUCCACCCAUCCAUCUAUCCAUCCAUCCAUCUGUCCAUCUGUCCAUCCCUGCACAGCUUCCCACUGCUUAAUGUAGCCGCCGCUUAGGAAUGCUGCCAACCUCAUGGAAGGUACCGAUGUGUGUGGAACCAGCGGCUGGGGGAGAAGAGGGCUCACGCUCCUGGCGGUGGCUGUUCUGAGAAGGCCAGUCAGGCUUGGGGUCCAGAGUCCCUCUCUGUGCUGGGAAAAGCAGGACCGCCCCAGCCAAGGGGCCAAUGGCCUGUUCCCUCUGCUUUAGUUUUGUUCCUGUUACUGAGCAGGUUCUGAAAAAACAACUCCCAUGUAAUAAUGAAUCAAUCUUUCUAAUUGGGCUGGGGCUUGUUUGUGUCCCUCUCCAAAAACAAAAUGUUGAAACAGGAGCAAAAGUGCUUUCCAUGUCUGGAGCCGACAUGGUGCAGGCCGAAUAUCAUACAGCGUGUGCACAGAUUAUUAAAAGCCCCGUGUUGUACAAGAAUAACCACUGUGGUCACAGCAAGUGGAAUGGGUUGAUUUGGGGGAAUGAUUAAAAAGCAUCUUGUACCCUU